UUCGAGAAUAUGUGCCGGAUUUGGACUUAUGUUGAGUCACUUGACCCCUGGCAGCAGUCACAUUAAUGAUUCACUAGCACACUCACUCAGGCUGCAGGUAACAGGACCUCAUAAUACAUGGCACCAGCAUCGUGUUCUCUAUGCCAUGACGCAAAGGCAAUUCUGAAACGCCCUAAAACAGGGCAGCAAAUUUGCAAGAAUUGCUUCUUCUUCGUCUUUGAGACCGAAGUCCAUCAUACAAUCACAGAAUCAGAGCUGUUCAAGCCAGGAGAUCGAGUCGCAAUCGGUGCUUCAGGCGGAAAAGAUUCGACCGUCCUCGCGUACGUCAUGAAGACCUUGAACGAGCGGUACAAUUAUGGCCUCGAUUUAUUUCUUUUGUCUAUCGAUGAAGGGAUCACAGGUUAUAGAGAUGACUCCUUAGAAACAGUUAAACGGAAUCAGCAGCAAUAUGACAUGCCCCUAAAGAUACUCUCAUACGAUGAACUCUAUGGCUGGACUAUGGAUGCCAUAGUUGAACAAAUAGGAAAGAAAAACAACUGCACAUUUUGUGGCGUCUUUCGCAGGCAGGCGCUUGACAGGGGUGCCGCUAGUUUGAAAGUUGAUCAUAUCGUCACUGGGCACAACGCAGAUGACAUUGCGGAGACUGUCCUCAUGAAUAUUAUGCGUGGCGAUAUUGCUCGACUUGGGCGGUGUACUUCAAUAUGUACCCAGGGAGAGGAUACAAUCAAACGAUCCAAACCCUUCAAGUACGCUUAUGAGAAGGAAAUUGUCAUGUACGCUUACUUCAAAAAACUAGAUUAUUUUUCAACAGAGUGUAUAUAUUCACCCGACGCCUAUCGAGGACAUGCACGGACGUUUUUGAAAGAUCUAGAAGCUGCUAGACCUAGUGCCAUCAUAGACAUCAUUCACUCUGGUGAAGCAUUUGAAGUCAAGGAAGAAAUAAAGGCAGCUCAAAAGGCCCAGCAAACAUGCAAAAGAUGUGGGUACAUGUCUAGUAAUGAUCUUUGCAAGGCAUGUACGCUACUUGAGGGUUUGGAGAGAGGCAUGGCGAACUCCGUCAUAACUGACCGUGCCCGCAAGAAGAUGGACGCUAUAGGUUCUGCACCGGAUAACAUACGAACGAUUCCAUUAUUUCGUUCGACACCAACGAUUAUUGCAGUGGAGCUGCCAUCGCAAUCUUGAGUGGGCAGUAGUUGCAUAAUGAAUACUAUCACCAUCACUAAUAUUAAUAAUCAACUCAACCAUAACAUAUGUCGAAGAGGUGGGGUAUAAUUAUCGACCAGAUAUAUCUGGUGGACUCGUUAAGAAUGUACUGGACGUCCCUCUGCCUCACAAAAUGCUGUGAAAAGACGCUCGCAAUGAUCCAAGAGGUCAUCGCACUGUUUGUUAUGCUCUUUGGAACGCAUCAGCUUCAUCG